CUCCUUCAGGAAUCCGGAUAUGAUGAAAAUGUUUUAGACCUUUAGCAAAGUACCGCCACUGGACGUCGACGGCGUCCUGAGGAUUGUUAUUGAUACUUUGUGUACGUUUAACAGCGUCUGGACAAAGUUGGACAGGGGGAAAUACUUCAAGGGAAAGUGGCGAAAAAGUUUUGGGGACUCGAAGUUAUACUCUUUCACCCAGUUUGUUUUUCCUUCCCAGCGUCUCGGGGAAAGUGUAGGAGGAAGGAAGGAUGGGAAUAAGUCAAAUUUGAAGCGAGGGAGUUGUCAUGUUUGAAAGCGCUGAGGGCUGAGGAAAGGGAGGAACUACUUCUGCUGUGUUUGUCCCCACAAAAGACGACUGUCUCAUGUCCAAGGAGACUGUCUGUCCUGCGGAUGGGCUGGCGGGGCCGGGGAAGGGCCCCCAGCAGGAGAAAAGUCCCCUUCUGUCAGCCUCUCAAGAUGCCUACGACGGUGAAUCAUCAGGACGAACACAGUCUCCCAGGAAACCAGCCGGUGAAGGGCAAAGUCACAUGACAGAGGAGAGGCCUGUAAGAACUCAGCCUCAGUCUGAGACUCAGCAUGUGCCCUCGGAGCCUGCCGGCGGAGAUGCUGCCAAGGACCAAAAUGGCUUUCUCCACAACGGCACUGGCACGCCCUCGCUAAGUAAUGCCAACGGAAUCCAUUCAGGGAUCGGUGGGGCCGGGGCCACGCGCACAUGCUCCUGCUCCUGCGGUGCCAACAUCAGCAAGGGUGCCACCGGCGGGUCAAGAGCUCAGGCGCCCGCCACGACAGAGCAGCCCAGGAAGCAACCUUCAACACCUGUGUCAACUCGGAUGCAGAGGAAACUGAGGUCCAGCUUGUCGGUGAACAGUGACAGCAGCAGACGCAGCAAAGGCAGUUCAACGGGGUCACAGAAACCUCCUUUACCAGAAGACUGCUGCGUCCACUGCAUCUUGGCUUGCCUGUUCUGCGAGUUCCUGACACUCUGCAACAUGGUGGUGGCGCAGGCCUCGUGCGGCGCCUGCACGUCGGAGGCCUGCUGCUGCUGCUGCUGCUCCGACGACCUGGGCGACGACUGCAACAGCCCUUGUGACAUGGACUGCGGCAUCAUGGACGCCUGCUGCGAAUCGUCCGAUUGCCUGGAAAUCUGUAUGGAGUGCUGCGGCAUCUGCUUCCCCACAUAGGGGAGGCCUGCGCUGAGGUCGAACCAGGGUGUCUCUCUCUUUGCAGGGGGGAUUAACUGGACUCUGGAUGAAAGAAUGGAAGGAAACUGCUGCGUGCUGUCACUUUGAAUUCAGCGAUCGACAGAGGAAAUGUGUGCGUUUGCUUGUGUGUGUGGCUGAAAUGUGUGUUUCCGUUCUGUAACGACUGUUGAAUGUGUGCAGCAGUGAACAGCAUGCUUUGAUUUUUUUUUUUCGACACUGGGCUCCUCCAUCAAAACCAGCUCAGCAGGGGCUACAAGUAUCUCCACAUAUAUGAACAUGUCAGUUAAACCUUUAGUGUGUAGGAACUUUUUCUUCUGUUAUGUACUCUAUCCUUUGCAUACAAAGUGUUACACAGACUGCCUUAGAGACUUUAUUGUUGCAUCAGGAAUGCUUCCUAAACCAAAUCUUGCCUCUUUCACGUCACUUUGAUGACCGACUUGUUUCAGACGCUCAACAAAACGCUUACAUUCCCCCUGUGUGGAUUUUUAAUCAUUGUUGUCUAUGCUCAAAAGCAUUAGUCGUAGUACUGUAUAACACUGUAAAGGAUUUAUGUGACACUUCAUACAUUCUUAGUUGCAUACUGUAGUUUUGCAACACAGGCUUACUAACUCAUAUCUACUGUAGAACAGCGGAAACUGGUGAAACGUCAUAGGUGAAUCAGGAUACACAUCAUCUGUUACUUUCUGAAACCAAAGGUCUAGAAUGUGUUCAUAUUGUGAGGGGUGUUUUUAUAUUUUUGAUACCACAAUCCAAUUGAAGUGUCUUAUUUUGAUGAAGAAACUGCACAAAUGACUCAAAAGCUUCAGCCCAGAGACUCGUCUCUCCUUAUUUGACAAUAUUUGAAGCCUUGGAUUAACUGGAAAUUAGGGGGUGGGAAUCGAAAACCGGAUCCGACUUAGAACCGGUUCCAAUUGAUCAAUUCCAACGUAAUUGUACACCUCAAAUGUUAUCGAUUCUUCUUAACGAUUCAUUUCCCAGCACGACGUCACAUCAGGUCGGGGUAUGUUGCAUUACGUCACACACUCGACGCAGAACUCCUUCAACCACGAGGAAACAUGGAGAGGAAGAAGCGUUUUUCCUCCCCAAAUUCAAAGUAUUUUCCUCCAGGCUCGAGGGGCCACAUCCAGACUCACGCGGCCGAAAAUGAGGCACCGAGAGCGGGUAAAAUGCCUCUGCAAUGACCCCUGGAGGAAAAGCGUUUUUCCUCUCCAAAUUCAAAGUAUUUUCAUCCAGGCUCCAGGGGCCACGUCCGGACUCACGUGGACGAAAAUGAGGCACCGAGAGCGGGUAAAAUACCUCUGUGAUGACCUCUGGAGGAAAAACGUUUUUCCUCUCCAAAUUCAAAGUCUUUUCAUCCAGGCUUGAGGGGCUACAUCCGGACUCAUGCGGACGAGAAUGAACUCAACCUAUUGUUCAGUAUGUUCAAGUUGAAUAUGUUCAUGUUCAGUCUUGCACAGACGUAAUUUUGGAAAAAUUAAAAUGGUUCUUUUUGGUGUGGAAGACUGUGUAGAACUACGUUUUCCCCUCAAAAAAAUACUCAGGAAUCGUUAGGAGAAUUGAUAAGGAAUUGGAUUGAUAAGCAGAAUUGACAAUGGCAUUGACAUUGAUAAAAUCUUAUCAAUUCCUACCCCUACUGGAAUUUUAGUGUCGAUACUCAAAUUUGAGAUGAAAUAGAGGCUCUGACUGGGUAGCUGUAUAGUUUUCUGCUAUAUUAAGACAACAAUACACAGCUUAUGCCUUUUUUUUUUCUAAGAGGGUCCUCCUCUAUUGUAAAUGAACAGCUGCAUAUGGUACCCGUCUUCUCUGUGAUGCUAUUUUACAUACAAACCGUGUGAGCAUGACAUGUUGAACUGCACUCUCUUCAUGAAGACCAUGAUAAGGAAUUAAAAAAUGGUGACCCUGGUCGCUAUAUAAGCGGCUUUCGUGUAUCAAGCCCAGUGACUCACAACACAAAAAGGGGGAAUCUGGAACUGUCAGGUUGAAAUGGUAAACUAAUGCAGGGUAAAGGCAGUUUUCUACUCCUCUUUUUUUUCUGUGCAUCUCCAGAUGAGUUUGUGGUGAAUCACAAGCGGAGUCAUUUUCUUGUCUCGGAGAUCCACUUUGAUGUUGUUAAAGUGAUGAUACUUAAUGCUGGCCCUCAUUAGCACUGCUCGCUAAAUGGUUACAAAAAAAAAGCGUCCUCUUCCAAACGCCAACAAAGAUAAUGUGCCGUCAUGUACGGCUUGUCUUAGUGGUGCACUGUUCUUGUGUUUGUGGAGGUUGGGACAGACACGUUUGCAGCAGAUCAUGUGCGGGGAGAAAACCUCAUUUUCAUGUUUAUUAUGAACUCACACCGCGGGUUUGUUCCAGGCUUUAUGAGUGGAAACACUUUUUUUUAGAAAAUGUGAAGAAGUCAUCUUAGAAGCAAAAAUGUAUACAUGUAGCUCCAGUAGUUGUCCUCUUAUACUAUUCUGUUGUGUUUGUGUUAUUCUGUCUUACACUUGAUCUUUCCCAUCUUCCUCUCCAAACUUCAUUGACUUUAUUCGUUUUGUACAUUACUUUACAGAGAUCUGUUUUGUAAAAUAAACCAUUACCAAGAAAAUUGA